AUGUCUGUCUGUCUUGCCUCCUUUCUGCAACUCACAUUCUUCGCCUCUUUUGCUGGCCUUUGUUCGACACACCCUCAGGAGGACCCCUUCUUUUUCCAAGAGGGAAAGACGCUCGGCUCUGAAGAUGCAGCAACGCCUAGCCGUGGGACAGACAGAGGGACAGGCGAUGGUGCUUCUGCUGCUGGCGCGACACGCGCCGUGUCAGACGCUAUCCGUUUCGUGUUAUCGGGUGUCGUUGAGCUUGGAGUCGUUGCUCUCUUCUGCUGGGCCCGUCGUUUUGGAGACGAUACAAACAGAGUCGGCACGCGGAGGAGCCUCAAGCUUUCCGGAUCUUCCGCCCCGGACCUGGGCUACGACGGUUCGGUCGGUUAGUGGGGUGAUGCAGCAGCAUCUCACGGCCGGAACGAGGGUAAGGCCAGUAAGCCAGGGGGAGGUGAAGGAAG